CUGCGCGGCUAACAAACAUGGGGCGCUGGCUGACCAUCAAAGAUAAGCGUGCUCUCAUAGCGAAAGCGGGUGAGAAUCCUGGAAUGACGCACGCCGAACUUGCUGAGUGGUCGACCAAAACGUACAAUCUUGGUCACAAUCUUGGUCGACCAUUAGCUAGAAGUACUGUGAGCGACAUCCUUCGGAAGGCGCCGCAAACCAUGAGCCCCGCACACGAGGACACCAGUAGGCGAAAGCUAGUCAAGGUGACGUCAAUACGACUUGAGAAGGCGCUGUGGGAGGAGAUGCAGAAGACAGUCACCAUCAAGAACUGUUUCCAGCACACAGGUAUUCUUUUCCCAGGUGUGAGCGAGGCAGCAGUGACGAGAAAGAAGAGCAGCGAAAGCUGCGACGUAGAUAUCCAUGAGGUCGUUGCUAAUACAUCAGCUAUGCGCAUUUGAAUGCAAAUCAAAAGAAAAACCUU